GUAAAAGCGUAAGCGCCGUAGCCUCCUACGCAUAGCUUCCGUCCCUGCCUCUGGGAGUUGAAGUUUCCUAGGGAAGAUUCAUGAGCUGUAUCAAGACCAUUACGAGAAGGCUCUCUGUUGGUGCUCUCGGUUCCCUGACAACUCCUCAGCUCGUAUUUUCAGAGGCAUCAAAUAAUGACCUCUGAAAUGUUGCCAGCAUUUAUUGAGUCUUCUAAUGUUGAAAGAAAGCAAAGCUUAAGUGAAGAUCAAGAGAAGAGCCAGAAGCCAAGAUUAGGUGAAGGGUUUGAACCAAUAUCUAAACGACAGAUGAAGAAGCUAAUUAAACAGAAACAAUGGGAAGAACAACGAGAACUCCGCAAACAAAAGCGGAAGGAAAAACGCAAGAGAAAACAAUUAGAGCGACAAUGUCAACUGGAAUCAAACUCAGAUGGAAAUGACAGAAAACGUAUUCGAAGAGAUGUUGUUCACAGUACACUCCGCCUUAUCAUUGACUGCAGUUUUGACAGCUUGAUGGUAUUAAAGGACAUUAAGAAACUUCAUAAGCAGAUUCAACGAUGUUAUGCAGAAAAUCGACGAGCACUGCAUCCUGUGCAGUUUUACUUGACAAGCCAUGGAGGCCAGUUGAAAAAGAACAUGGAUGAAAAUGACAAAGGAUGGGUCAACUGGAAGGAUAUCUACAUCAAACCAGAGCAUUAUAGUGAAUUCAUAAAGAAAGAAGACCUGAUUUAUCUAACAUCAGACUCACCUAAUGUAUUGAAGGAAUUAGAUGAAUCAAAGGCCUAUGUGAUUGGAGGGUUAGUAGAUCACAACCAUCACAAGGGACUCACAUAUAAACAAGCAUCAGAUCAUGGAAUUGACCAUGCACAGCUACCCCUUGGAAAUUUUGUGAAGAUGAAUAGUAGAAAAGUUUUGGCAAUUAAUCAUGAAUGCAACAUUGUGAUGAACCUGGCUAAGAAAUGUAUGGAGUUUGUCUUUGUUGCAGUGUUUGAGAUUAUUCUGGAAUAUCUGGAAACCAGAGACUGGCAAGAAGCAUUUUUUACUAUUUUACCCCAACGGAAAGGAGCUGUUCCCACAGACAAAGCCUGUGAAGGUUCUUCGCAUGACAAGAAAUCUGCCAGGGUUGAAGAUGGAUUGGACAGUGAUUCCAGUGAGGAAGAAAAUAACAGAAAUGAACUAGAAUCACCACAUGAAGAAGAAAAGCAGGAUAAAGAAAAUAGCAAUGAAUCUACAGUGAACUCUAUACCACACUAAUGUCAUCUGUUGUUUUUUGUUUUGUUUUUUGUUUUUUUAGCUUAAGGAAAACUUAGGAGAAAAUGAGGUGCUUCAUAGAAUAUUCUAAUUGGGAGAAAAUUUUAUUUCCUCUUAUUUCUGUUGUGAAUUUUUAAAACUUUUUUUAGAGCUAAGUGAUAAAAAGCCCUUAUAAGAAAGUAUUUUUGUUUUUGCAUAAAAUUUAAAUGUUUAAUAUUUAAAAUAAUUUUCUAAGUCUCAACAGUUUCUUGAGAAUUUUACUUUAUUGGUAAACCUUCAUUCUCUUUUAUUUACUGGAUUAUAUUUUUUAGAAUGUGCCUUCUGACCUUUCAGUUUUACUUUUUUAUGUUUAUAUCAAGUGUCUUUCUGAUUUAUUGCCUACUUAGUUGUGGAGAUAUUCAUAAAUCUCCUGUAAGUCUACCAAAAUGUUCUGUAUGGGAGGCUACCUCCUAUUUGCAGCUUUUUUAUUCAACUCAGUUACUUCAAAAGAAUGCAGUUAUUUUAGGAAGAAGUAUUAGAUUGAUAAGCUCAACAAUUUAUUUCUUUUGGACUAUGGAACCCAUCUCUGUUCCUUCUCUGUGAUGCCUUUUCGUGGUUCUAAAGCAAUCACUGAAGAGUAAAGACUCUCUUUAAUGUAUUUUCUUGAUUUCAAUAAUGGUGGUAAAUUAUUUCAGUUACAAAUGUAAUUUUUCAGACUAGAUUAUUUUAAAAGGCCGUUGAGUAUCAAUUUUGUCUUAAAUUUAAAAGGAAACAGCUCUUAGCUAUCCUUUCCUUCUAUAUGAACUUCUAUUAAAUAAAAUAUUUCUUGGUUCUUAAAGUGAAUAAAGUUAACUUUAUAUGUGCAUCUGUCUACUAGCAUAUAAUAUGCAAGCUUAUAUAACUGUAUGUUUCUGUAAAUAAUCUAAGCAUAUAUGAAAAAGUAUAUAUAAUUGUAUAUAUAUCUGUCCAUAAUCAUGUAUCAUUAAUGAUAACAGGACUGAGUUGCCAAAUAGCUGUAUUAUUUGCAUCAAUGAUUGUGUGGAACAACACUAAGAAUUUGAAUUUCAGUAAGUGCAAAAAUCCUUAACUAAAUAUUUGUAUGAGGACAUUGGCAAGGGAAGAUGGGGCUAAAAGGAGAUGUUUUUAUUUUCUCCUGGUAAAUGUAGAGCAGUUAUGUUUAAAGUAGUGAUUGUUCUUUGUCACAGCUAAAGUAAGAUUUCAGAAGACUUCACUGAGUUUGGAUAAAUUAAGUUUCUGUUCUUUUUACUCCUUGGCAUCUCAAAUUAUGUACACAUUUGGUAGAAAGUUCAUUAGAUUUAGUACUGAUAUUACUGUCUCUUAAUUUUUGUUGCUUUAUUCUUAGUAAUCUAUUAUCAUUAUCCAUUUAAAAUAAGGUCUGUGAGCAAGGUAUAUAAAUAAAAGCCCCUACAAUUCUAGAAGAGCAAAGCUUAUGUCUUAAGUUGUAUUUUUCAGAGGUUCAGGUUUUCCUGAGUAAAUAUGGUUUAGUACCAUGAAAUCCAGUUGACCCUUGAAAAGUGUGGGGGUUAGGGGCACCGACCCCCCCACACACACAGUUGAAAAUCCACGUAUAACUUUGUCCCAAAACUUAACUAAUAGCCUACCAUUGACCAGAAAUCUUACGGAUAACACAGUAAGUGUAUCAACACAUAUUUUGUAUAUGUAUUAUAUACUGUAUUCUUAAACUAGAGAAAAUGUUAAGAAAAUUGUAAGAGAAAAUACAUUUAUAAUACUAUACUGUAUUGAAAAAAAUUCACAUAUAAGUGGACCCAUGCAUUUCAAAUGUGUGUUGUUCAGGGGUCAACUGUAUUAUGCCUUUUACUUAAAUUACUUGAUAUGGAAUGAGGCACAAGUUAAUUUUGAAAGGCAGGGAAAAAUCAUUACAGGCACUGUGUAGUUUAAUUGUCACUAAUUAUGAAAGCCCUGUAUUAUUUCCUAGGGCUGCCAUAACAAAUUACCACUGCGUAGCUUAAAACAACAGACGUUUUUUCUCUUAUAGUGCUGGAGGCUAAAAGCUCAGAGUCAAGGUGGAUUGUGUUCCCUCUGAAGGCUAUAGGGAAGAAUCCUUUGUACCUCUUCUUGGUUUUUGGUGGGCCCAGCAAUCCUUGCUAUUUCUUGACUCCAGUAUCUGCUUUGUCAUCAAAUGGCUUCUGCCCUCAGUCUUCCUUGCCUGUGUCUGUGUCCCUCUUAUAGGCAUAUCAAUCAUUGGAUUAGUGUCCAACAUAAUUCAGUAUGACUUCAUCUUAACCUGAUCACAUUUGCAAAGAUCCUGUUUCCAAAUAAGGUCAUAUCCAAAGGUACAAGAUAUUAGGGCUUGAACUUAUAUUUGAGUAGGCACAGUUCUAUCCAUACAAGUCCAUAUCUUAGGCUGUUGAUGAUGAGAAGGAGACACAACCUUCGCCUCAGAAAAGGUAAGUUUACAAUUAGAAAUAAGUAAUUGAUGGGGCGCCUGGGUGGCU